CUUCUCAAAAGCACAAAACCGAUUACAUUUCACAAAGUACACAAAUUCUCUCUCUCUGAACAAUUUUGACGUCUGUACAUCGCUGAGCCUUCGCCGGAAAAUAAUGAGUUCGAAGACCACAGUCUCCACCAAGGGCGGCCGGGGCAAGCCCAAAUCCGCCAAAUCGGUUUCCCGCUCGUCGAAGGCCGGCCUCCAGUUUCCGGUUGGCAGGAUCGCCCGUUUUCUCAAGACCGGGAAAUACGCCGAGCGCGUCGGCGCUGGCGCGCCGGUUUACCUCUCGGCCGUUCUCGAAUACCUCGCCGCCGAGGUUUUGGAGCUUGCUGGUAAUGCGGCGAGGGAUAACAAGAAGAACAGGAUCGUGCCCAGGCACAUACAAUUGGCGGUGAGGAAUGAUGAGGAGCUGAGCAAGCUUCUGGGGAGUGUGACCAUUGCAAACGGCGGCGUUUUGCCCAACAUCCACCAGACUCUGUUGCCGAAGAAAGCUGGAGGAAAGGACAAGGAGAUUGGCUCUGCUUCCCAGGAGUUUUAGUGUUCAAAGUUAUGUUUGGCAGUUGUUUUGGUGGCUUGGUUGAUGGGUAUAGUAAAGAUGGGAUCUUUUGAUUUGUUUCUGAAUGUUGGUCCAUUUAAAAAAACCCUAAUUUUGGAAUCUGAAAUACAGAUUUUGGGUUAUCGUUAACGGAAUUCUGCUUAUCAUUCUUUCUAUGGUGUUACUUUAAUUUCUUGCUUUGUAGGCCUGGUGGUUUUUUUUUGGACCCAGAACAAAGCAGAUUUUUUUUUUUGAAGCCCCAAAUCAUGAUACAAAUC